AUGGGAGGUGUUGAAGUUGAACGAUCACAUAGAAACGGGAAUUCAAGUGAGUUUUACCUUAUUUUAUGUUCAAUACUUGGUUUAAAUCUUUUUUGUUGUUAAAUAAUGUUUUCCAUGAAUAAAUAGAUUUUGUUAUGAUUUUCAAUUUUCAGAACGGUCAGAUAAUGAGAGAAGAUUCAGUGAGCACAGAACUGAGCGCAAGAGGAGGAGUAGAAGCAGAUCUAGGAGUCCACGGGGACGGAGUCGAGAUAAGGACCGGGAAAGGAGUCGUAGACGAAGCAAAGAGCGUGAUAGAGAUCGAGAAGAUCGGUAAGUUUUGUUUCAGUUAGUGUUCAUGCUUUUAGGAGGCUUUUAUCGACUUUUUCUGCGGAUAUGGAUUCGUUUUUUCUACAAUGUUAUCCAUGCAUAGAGUUGUUAAAAUUAUUCUUUAUUUUUUUAGACAUUCCCGCAAGAGAUACCAUGAGUCCGAACGAAGUCAUGAUAGCUCGUCUAAACGAACAUUCCGGGAGUCAAAAGAAGAUAAGAAACCAGAUACAAAAGCUGAUGCAUUUUCCUACCACAACAUCCGACAAGCGGUUCUGAGGAAAGCCGAAGAAGUCAAGAGCACGUUGCGACCUGGACAGGAGCCAACCUUCAAGACGGAGGCUCUGAAACCAGAGCAAGCUUUGGUUUAUGCCGAUUAUCACAUGGACAAGGCUGAAAAGGCGUUUGCCAAGUUGGAGCAGUUGAAGAAGGCGAAUGCCGAAUUCAUGAAGAAGUUGCCGAAAUUGGAUGGAACUCUUCCUGGUGAGUUGGGUUUCUUUUUGUUUUCUUGAAGUUUAGGCAGUUCAUGGUCAGCACGAGGUCUAGUACAACAUAAUAUAAGAAAAUGAAUACGGUUCAACUUUAAUUCCCGAUUUUAGCUGAACCGGAGCCAGAGCCCGAGAAACCCAAGAUGCAAUUAGAUUUGAAGCCAGAACUUCCCCAAUUAUCAGUCACAGAUCCACGAGUUUCCCUGAGAAGUGCUAAUCGGCCACGGAAAAGAGGCUUUCAAUUUGUCGAACAGGGCCAAUAUUCAAAGCAAGCUCAAAUAGAGCGAGCGCAAGCGAAGCUUGCCCAGCUUCAGAACAAUGUCUCCAAGGUCGCGAAGAACACGGGAAUCUCGGCAGCAGUCAAAAUGGCAAUUGCAACCCCAUCAGGUGCGGAAGCUCACGAUGAUUUGCCGGAUAUAGAGUGGUGGGACAAGGUGUUGUUGGAUGAUGGAAAGUAAGGUUCUUUUUAUUAGUGUUUCUUGCUUUUAGACGCCAAAUUGUGGUUCAAUAGACUUUUUGAGAUGGGAAUUUUUAUUUGAGAUAUCAGCAGUAUGAUGUAUAAUAUUUUAGUUACGAUUCUGUACCAUCGAAAGACAUAGCGUGCGAUCAACGAUAUGGAAAUAAGAUUACAGACCUCAUAGAACAUCCAGUGCAGCUAAAACCGCCUGAUGCCGCGCUCAAUAACGUCCCCAUUAAAGUGAGUUUUUCGAUUUUUUCUUGAUUUUUAGGUACUCCUUUGGAGAAAUGGCUCAUAAGUACUUGGAGAUGCUUUUUCUGGGUUGUUUGAUUAUUGAAACUUGAGAAGUGUGAAAUCUGCGUUCUGCUGAUAUGAUACCUGUCUAUUUUCAGGCCCAUCUAACCAAGAAAGAAAUGAAAAAACUCCGUCGAAUGAAUCGAAAAGAGGUGCAACGAGAAGAGACCGAAAAAAUUCGGCUCGGUCUAAAGAAAGCUCCCGAACCUAAGGUCAAAAUGGCAAAUCUGAUGCGGGUAUUAGGGAAUGAUGCCAUUCAAGACCCAACAAAGAUGGAGAAUUAUGUUCGAGAUCAGGUGGCGGAGCGGCUGAAGAAGCAUGAACAAAGUAAUCUGGAUAGAAAAUUAACCAAGGAACAGAAGGGAGACAAGAAGAGAAGGAAGAUUAUGGAGGAUACGUCGAUUCAGGUGUAUGUGGCUGUGUAUAAGUAAGUUUUUUGAUUUUUUUUUUUUUUUUUUUUUUUUUUUUUUUGAGAUUUUUGUCAUGGAUAAUAUAAUUUUUUGUCAAUUUUUACUGAUUUUUCACUUUUUUUCAGAAUUUUAUCCCUUGCCAACGCCAAGAAACGGUUCAAGGUCGAAGCGAACGCCAACCAACUUCAGAUGACCGGCAUUAUUGUGUCCGUGGACGGCAUGAAUGUUGUUGUAGUAGAGGGCGGUCCAAAGCAACAGAAAUUCUAUAAAAAUUUGUUGCUAAACCGAAUAAAAUGGUCGGAGGAGAUGGUCGGUCAACGCCGAGGAGUUGCCAACGAAGACGAGGAAGGCCAACGAAACGAAUGCACCUUAAUCUGGGAGGGUGUUGUACCAUCCCGAAAUUUCUCCGACCCACCACAAAUAAUUCGCGCCACGGACCACAAAAGUGCUCGUGAUGUGUUCCUGAAGCACGGAGUCCCCCAUUACUGGGACCACUGCUUCUCACAGUCGGUUCUUCUAGACAGCGCCGAGUGA